CGAGGAUUGAAUUUGAAAUUGUGUUGGGGAAUUUUGACCGUGAGUGUGGCGUGACCUUGUGGCCUGUAAAUGCCAAAAUCCGUUUGCAUUGGUCAUUUUCCACCUCAUCUCGCCUUCACAUUGGAUGUAUAGUUCUUGUCAUCCCAUCAGAAUCCUUUGAUUGAAGUGCUUUUUAACUAUGCAUGAUACUGAAUCAAGACCGAACCUUAGUAGAUUUGUGAACAUAACUAAUGUCUCAGUCAGCAAACCUGCGACAUUUGAGAGUGAUUCCCAAUCGACAGGGGUUUAUCAGCCACCACACCUGGCUCCAGUUUUUUUCGAGGGAGUUAAAAGCAAGUCGUCAGCAGAGCGUGCAAAACUAAGGGCAGCUCGGUUUAUUCUAGAAGAUGUGGAUUUAAAUGAAUCUGAAGACUUACCGAAAGAAGUUUAUGUACGUUCAAUUCUCUUACUUCCUUCAGUUAAUCAGUUUGGAUGCGGUUCUGAAGAGAAUUCCGCACGAAAGAGAAUACAGGAAAAGCAACAGUAUGAAGAGGAGAACUUUGUCCGUUUAAAGACAACAAAGCAGGAGAAGAGAUUGCAACGUUCUUUCCUUCCAGGUGGACUGUCUGAUACAUCUUCAAGGUUAAGACAAAUGCAAAUACUGCUCCAAAGCUCAGACGAAGAAAUGGAAUAUAAACCACCUCCGACGAAGAAAAAGAAGAAACAACUUAAACGCCUGAGAUACAAGAAAGGACGCAGAAAGCGAAAAUAGUAUGGAUCUCUUGUACAUACUUCUACUUUGAAUAUGAGAAAUUCCUAUUCUUUCUGUUCUCUUCCUUUUUCAUGAAUAAGAUCACGGGUUUAUCUGAGUCAGUAAUAUUGUAAGCGAACUGUAAAAAAGACUUUUCUGUUUCAGUGUCGCAUUGUAUUUUUACGUCAUACUGUUCAAUACACACAUAUAUGUGACUUCAUUUAUUUCACAAAAACUAGUCACCAAUAUACUAUGGGAAAGUGACGCUUAGAAAACACCAUUCAACUGAAGCCACUCAGAGAAUAUUGCCUUUGAAGUAUUUUGCACAUAUUUGAGAACCUACAGUACAAAGUUCGUAAAUUAGUCUGUCAUUCACUGAUGUUUUCCUUAACACUGAGGAAGUAGUUUGAGCGCAUUCUGACAUAUGCCUUACUGAAGGGGGGUAUUUAGGAAGUGAAUACAAUUAUGAUUGUAGAUGGUUUCGAAACAAUAUCUCGUGUAAUGGGACUAUAGAGCAAGGAAUAAUAAAGUCGAGCGCGUAUUGUAUUAUUGGGUGAGGAAAACGAGUUAGACAAC